AUGACAAGGACGUCUGCUCCAAACUUCUGGGAAAGCCUUGGUUCUGUCAACAAUUUUGGAAAUCUGCUUCCUUAUCCAUUUGAUGACUGUUCCUGCCUCGUUCUGACUCUCGGCUGGACCGCGUUUGGAUGCCUCUCACCAUGCAAGCCUGCUGCGGCGUUUCUGCUUCGCCCUCCUGACCCCGGACUGACGCAGCCAUGGCUACGCCAGCGCAAUGUUACCCGUGUUAACCUGGUUCCUCAGUUACGCGCUCAUGCGCUCGUUACCGACUCGGACUGCCGAUCUGGCAUCCAGUCAGCCUCCUCCGGUUGCUAUGGCCAUCGCCUGGGCACCAAAUUCUUCUCGAAUCGCUCUCCCUUCCUUGUUGCGCGGUCUGGCUUGAUGACUUUCCUCGCUUUCUUGGCUCCUGUCUGGAGUGUCAUUUUCUCCCCUUUCUCGUUCGGGUAUAAAUCAGAGCCUCUGGCUAUCUCUCACUUACCCCUCGCAACUAUGGCUACUGAGCACAACCCCGAUCACGUCAUGACGGAGGAGCAGAUCUCCGCGGGCGACGACACGCUCGGCGAACUCGGAGACGAGUUCCUCGAGGACCUUCCCGAUGGUGUUCUCCCUGACCUCCAUGACGGAGCUGCGACUUCCGCUCCGGCUGAUGCUCAGUUGACCACGACGGGUGAACCCGCCGCGAAAAAGCUGUGUAGUGAGGGGCAACCCUCGGCUGCUGGUGCUUCUGGCGUCGCCUCGGCGUCUCACUCGGCGCCUCUCCCGAUUCCCCGCGCAAGCUCCUCCGGUAGCUCUGCUGCCACGGCCCCCGCUCCCGUCCGCACGCCUGCUCCCUCCGCGCCUCGUCAGGCGCCUGUUUCCCGUUCUUGGCCUGCUCCGCCGGAACCCGAACCUGAGCCUGCUGCUGCUGGUACGGCCACGGGCCUGGCUCCCAACGCACGCUAUCGGAAUCUUCGCCGCCACCGUACGACGGUUGGAACGGUCCUGCAGGCGAUGACUCGCAACACGCAGUCGCUGGUCGACAUCAUCUUUCCUGAGUCCUCGGCGGAGGAGGUUCGCGCCGCUGUUCUCGCGCGUAUUUCCUCUCUCAUCAACGGUCAGGCCUUUAACGGUGUCAUUCCUUCGUUCGAAGCCGCUCCUGGUGAGGCCCUGCGGCUUCCGCGCCGCACCUAUUCCAGGCACUCUUACUCCUGGCCCUCAGCCAACGAUGCCCGUAUUUUCCGCAGUUUGUUUCCGAUUACCGUUCGUCUGUCUAACAACCGUGCUAUGGAAGUAAAGGCUUUCACUGAUCCCAACGAAGAGUUCACGACCGCCCGCGCCAGGGGUGAUACCCACCUGGUCCUCCGUAACGUGCCUCUCGGGUAUUCUCCUGAGCGCCUCCACAGCACCCUCCUGGCGGGCAGGACUGACUCCAGCUUGCCCUGGCUGGCCGACCUCCGCCUUUUCCACCGCCUCAAGGACCCGUACGACGAGUCUGCGUAUUCUCAGCUGCUUGGCCUUCCCGUUGCGGCGGAGGGCGACGCUGGCUUUGACCGCAUCCCGGCGGUCCUCUGGCUCCCCCAGCAGGAGGAUCCUGUGCUUCUCAACAUAUCGUCCCAUUCAUGCACUGUAUGCACCAGCAACCACCAAGUGGCUGACCACGCGUGCUUCGCCCUCACCCGUCGCGCGCGACUUCCGAACCGCCACACCAUCUCGAUCGUUUCCUUCCCUUCCUGCCUCCCUCGCCUAUGGUAUUGUCUUUUACCGAUGGCUGCUGCUUCCGUGGUCUCUCCUUUCAGUGGCUCGGUGUCCUCUGUUACUCUCCCUGCCGGCCCCUGGGCCACGAGAUCUUUCCCCUCCUGCUUCUUCGUGCUAUCUUUAUUCGUCCUUCCCCAUUCAGGGCGUUUGAUUGGACAGCACCCGGCCCCGGUUGCCUUCAAGAAGGACCCUGGCCUCCUCCAGAUUGGGGUCGACCUGGACGUGGAGGUCUGGUCGUGCUCCAUGUGCGAGUUCGAGUGUGGUUUGGCGCUGGACAGCGCCAUGCACCACCUCAAUUCCGAGCUCCACCGCAAGCAUCUGCAGGAGUCUGCUCACCUGCCUGCCACAAAGGACAAUGUGCUUCAGUGCAACAGCCCAAAUAUCGCCCCGCGGCCCUGGCGUUUGCCGCAGGAUAUCCUCAAGCGACCGCAAAUUUCUCAGUUUGUUGCUUCUGCUUGCCGAUCGCUUCCUCCUUCUCCCUCAGCCACAGAUUGGGACGUCUGGAAAUCCGGGCUAUGCAGACAACUUAAGGUCUUCGCUGGGCAGGAGAAAAUCCGAAUCCGAAAAACCAGGUCCCACCUGCAGAAUCUUACGUGUCAGCUUCGGAUCCAUCUGGCGAUUAACCCUACAGAUGUGGUGGCUAAAGAGCGGCUUCGUGUUGCCGCCCUUCACUUCGAACGGUACGAGGCCAGUCGAUCUGCGGAGCUGGCUCUUAAGUCCAAGCUCAAAGUCGAAGGCCCGCGGGAGAUGGGAGUCUCCUCCCUCAUGGUAGGCGUUAAUCGCCGUAUCAAAGCCUCUCUGAUCCCCUCCCUGAAGGCCUCAACCGGGGAACUCAUCUCUGAUCUCCCCGGCAUGACCUCUCUCUGUACCGCCUUUUUCCGAAAACUCUACAGCGGUUCUCAGACUGUGUUGACAGACCCUUCCUUUUGGACCCGCAUCCCUGCUUCGCAACUUCCUCAGCCUGUUUUUUCUCGGCUCUCUCUCCCAUUUUCCCUUGCAGAGGUCUCUAAGGCCAUCGCUUCUCUCCCCAAGGGCAAAACCCCUGGUCCGGACGGCCUUCCUGGUGAACUGUUUCGGUCCUUUCGCCCUCAAUUCGCCCCGGCCAUUCAUUCUCUGCUGCUUGGCUCUCAUGAUCACCUCCCCCCCUCAAUGCUCCAGGGACGAACCGUGCUUAUUCCCAAGCGUAGUGAUGCCUCGGUGGUUGAUAACCUUCGGCCUAUCACGCUCAUGAACUCGGAUUACAAGAUCCUGGCGAUCUGUUUAGCUAACAGGCUGCAGCCCCUUCUCCCUGGCCUCAUCCAUCAUUCGCAGACCGCUUUCAUCAAGUCCCGGAAGAUCGGAGACACGCUGAAUGACACUCUGGACAUCUUCGACUGGGCCACUACUCAUUCCCUCCCUCUCCUCGCUCUCACAGUCGAUAUCCGCAAAGCCUAUGACAUGGUUGAUCGCGAGUUCCUGUUCUCCUGUCUUGCGCAUCUCGGCCUGCCCCCCCCUUUCAUACAAUGGGUGAGACUCAUGUAUUCCGGCACAUCCACUUGCAUUUUGGUCAAUAAUAUGUGUGGCCCUCCUAUCCCUGUGCUAACCGGGGUCCGUCAGGGCUGCCCGCUGGCCCCGCUCCUCUUCCUCUGUGUGGUGGAAGUGUUCCAUCGCUAUACCUCUGGUUUCCUUCCCGGCUUACCUUUCUCCCCCACGCAGCGACGCUUGAUGGCUUGA